UGAAGUGAUUUCGCAUGCAAUUCAUAACCUCCAAGCUAGAUGGCGCCAUAGCCACGCAUUAACAUCAUGACAGCGCUACUUUCUUUGACUCUGUGGUUGUAGUUACGUCGACUAAAAGCAGAAGAGACGCGAUGAAUCUAUAAAAGCUGAAUAAUGUUCAACAGCAAUGGCCACUUAUACUACACUGCAGGACAGGAUCAGAGUAGCCAAGGAGCUGCUAGUGCAAGUGGAUGAGAUUUGUAGUCGGCAAGGCCAUGAGGUCGAAGGACGUGCUAAACUGUGCAGUAAGCUUCGGGCUGAGCUGAAGUUCCUUCAGAAAGUCGAGGCUGGCAAGGUCGUGAUCAAGGAGUCCCACCUGCAAAGUACCAACCUUACUCACCUGAAGGCCAUCGUCGAGUCGGCAGAAAAUCUAGAAAAAGUGGUGAGUGUGCUGCAUGUGUUUGCUUAUGAGGGACCUGAUGGCCAAAAGCAGACAUUGGUGGUUGAUGUGGUGGCAAAUGGCGGACACACGUGGGUCAAAGCAAUUGGGCGCAAGGCAGAGGCUUUACACAACAUCUGGCAAGGGCGUGGGCAGUAUGGAGAUAAGAGUGUCAUCCGGCAAGCAGAAGAUUUUCUUGAGGCCAGUCAGCAACAGCCUGUACAGUACAGCAACCCACAUAUAAUAUUUGCGUUUUACAAUGGAGUGUCCAGUCCUAUGGCUGAUAAGCUUAAAGAGAUGGGUAUAUCUGUGAGAGGUGACAUUGUUGCUGUUAAUACAAUAAUUGGAGGUGAAGAGGAGGAUGAGGAAGAAGAAGAUGAGGAUGAAAACGAUGUCAAACAUGGUUGUGUUGAAGAAGACCACGAGCAAGAAAAUGAUGUUGCGGAUGAAGAAGAGAAGUAUGAUGAUGAUGAUGAUGAAGAAGAAGAUGACAGUGAUGAUACAGACCUCAUGCACACUUGUGUUGAUAGAGACACUAUUGUGGCCAGCCUUGCCUUUCCUACUGAAGUGAAGGUAGAUGUGUGCAACAGGGUCAACCUUGACAUCACCACUCUGAUCACCUACGUGUCCUCGCUCAGCCAUGGUAAUUGUCACUUUACUUUUAAAGAGGUGGUGUUGACCGAGCAAGCCGCACAAGAACGGCAAGAGAAAGUCCUGCCCAAGCUGGAGGAGUUCAUGAAGGGUAAAGAGUUGUUUGCUUGUCAUUCUGCAGUUAAGGACUUCCGUGUCAUCCUGGAUACAUUAGGAGGCCCAGGAGAAAAAGCCAGAGCUGAAGAGCUGCUAGCCAGACUCAAGGUGGUUCCAGACCAGCCAUCUGAACGCACCAAGCGCCUAGUUACUAGCUCGAAAGUAAACUGUAGAUCAUUGAUGAUCUUUGGGACAGGAGACACAAUGCGGGCUGUCACUAUGACUGCAAAUAGCGGAUUUGUUCGUGCAGCUGCUAACCAGGGUGUGCGAUACAGUGUGUUCAUCCACCAACCGCGUGCACUCACUGAAGGAAAAGAAUGGAGAGCAACACCAAUAUGACUGAAAGACAAAAGUAAUCAUCUGUGAGCUAUUGACUUUUGUGCUUAAACCACAUGCAAGGAGCACUACUGUAUAACUGCAAAUAUAUUGCACAGCUGGUUGCAGAUACAGACACUUAGCAAUUUUUGUGACUUUAUGUAAAGCUCAGUGCCUCGAUUGCAGCACUUCAAUGCAAAGCAGCACAGAUGUCAAAUUAACCAAAUAUCAAAAACAGUGUUGAAAAAAAGGCAUAUAAUUCCUUUUUAAAGACCUUGACUUUUUUCUGUUCAAUUUAGAUUAUUUCCCCAAACCAUUAGCCUGGCUCAAUUAUACUUUCAGUUCAAGUUGAUUAUCAAAUAUAUUUUGCAAAAGCAUAUGAGCAAAAAUAAAGUCCUUUAUCACAUUA